GGGUGAUGGCGCCGCGGCCGUUGAGGGGCGGGACUGCGCCGUGGGGCAGGCCAUGCCAUCCUAGCAGAGGCUGAAGCCUGGGGGCUGGGGACCUGAUGAUGGAGCCAUUGGCCAAAGCUGAAGAGGAGCAGGACCUGGCAGGACAGUUCCUCCAGCUGGAGCAGGAGCAGAGUGCAUUGCUGAGGAUGCUGCCACCCUUCCAGGACCCUGUGAGCCACAUUUACCACCCCCUGGACUACGCCUGGGAGCUCCACAGUGACUUUGUGCGGCGCUUCUGCAGCACCCCAAAACGUGUCUUGUUCCUGGGCAUGAACCCUGGCCCCUUUGGCAUGGCCCAGACCGGGGUGCCUUUUGGCGACGUGUGGCACGUCCGGGAGUGGCUUCGGCUGGAAGGGACCGUGAACAAACCCCCCUCGGAACACCCCGCGCGGCCGGUGCUGGGGCUGAGCUGCCAACGGGCUGAGGUGAGCGGGGCUCGUUUCUGGGGCUUCAUCAAGAGCCUUUGCCCAGAGCCUCACCUCUUCUUCCGCCAUUGCUUCGUCCACAACCACUGUCCCCUCCUCUUCCUCGCCUCCAGUGGGAGGAACCUUCCUCCCAGCGACCUGCCCCCGAAGCAGCGCCGCCGGUUGCUGCAAGUGUGCGACCAGGCGCUGGGCAGAGCUGUGGCGUUGCUGGGGGUGGGGUUGGUGGUGGCCCUGGGUCGUUUCGCUGAACGACAAGCCAGAAAAGCUUUGGCAGAGGCUGGGCUGAUGGUCAGGGUUGAGUGGUUGCCCCAUCCCUCGCCUCGAAACCCACGAGCCAACCGGGGCUGGGAGGAGGCGGCCAAGGAGAGGCUGAGCCAACUGGGAGUGCUGGAGCUGCUGGAGGAGAAGGAGGGA